CACAAGUAACAUCAACAGGAAAGAAAAAUAUUUCGACAAAAAUAAUGUGCCAACAAAUGGAAAACAACAACGUCGUUGCCAACAACAAAAUGAAGACCAAUAGCUACAGCAUUAAGAAAGUGCUCAAGACUUUCUUCAAAAAACAUCAUAAGCAGCAGCAGCAUGAACAACAAGCGCCCAUGUGCCACAGUGAUAACUGCUCCACCAGCACCGGCUAUUCCAGCUACUCUUCUACAUCUUAUGAAGAUUUGGAAAACUAUCGUAAUAUGCAAGCAGAACAUCAACAAUAUUUCAAUGAAAUCGAUGACAAUGCUGCCAAUGAGAAGUUGGCUGAUAUGUGCUGCGAAAAUGAAGAUGAGGAUAUCUAUGUGCCGGUACGUUUUGCACGCACCGAAGCUGGCACCUUCUUCUGGACCACCAAUUUGCAGCCAGUAACCAGCACCAUAACGCCCGCCGUGGAUGAGGAUUUAGUGCAGCCAGCCUACUGUUACAGCAACUAUCAAUACCCUUUGAUGCAGUUUCAAGAUCGUUGGGCCCAGGCUUAAAACAGCAAAGAGGCAAACUAAUCUCACCUACCUGGUAGUAGAACUUGAAAGCUUUAACUAAAUCAACUUGCAUGUGAUAUCCAGUAGCAGGCACUAGCAGCAGCAGCCGCAGCAGCACUUAAUGAUAAGAUUGUUCAAAUUAUUGUUAAUAUUUAGUUUUAUACAAAAAAAAACCAAUCGAUGUCUUCCCUUAGUCU